AAGCAUAUGAACCAGCAAACAUAUUAUUUUCUAAUAUUUAAGAUUCACGCAAUUAAGGCUUAUUUACGAAAACCUGGAAUAAAAUACGAAUACGAUUAUUGAAACAUUGCUUGAUAUAGAGGACGUAAAGUGUGGAUACAGCGGGAUGGAAAUGGAAAGAAAAAACAACGGCCUGAAAUCGACUAAAGGACAGAAUCCCGUAAACAUUAAUGGAAGAAGAGUUAUGAAGAAGAUAAGUAACUUAAACAGAGGAUUACGAAUUUAUAGAAAAACCAAACACAAUAUUUCUCAGAAAAUUCCAAGACUUUGGAGACGAAGGAAUUCUAGGUCCUUAAGAAAGAGUAACAAGACUUUAAUGACACGAUCGACUGAGCAUACAAAAGGGUGGAAUCAUAGCAAUCCUAUGUAUCUACAGAUUUUAAGAAGCAAUGCUGACUUGGAAACAAUUAUUCGAUUGGUGGAAAUUAAACUUCAAGUAGGUAUUGGAGUUCAAAUUUGAACUCUAUGCAAUGAUGAAAACUUUAAAAGCUGGUUUAAAGCGAGGUGAAACUUAGGAAC